CUCUCUCACUCACUCAAAAAAACGAACCACCAAACAAUUUCUUCUCUCUCUCUCACACACACAAACACACAACUGUGACCCCUCUUCUUCGCAUGCUCUCGGAGCUCCGGCUCCAAUAACGGAGCCCCGCUCUCGAAAAAAAAACAACCCAAAAAAAAAAAAAAAAACCAAACCCAUUUUCUCAUUUCUCAAUUUUAUUAUUAGAUCCCAAACUUUUUCCAUUUUAUUAUUUUCUCUCUCUUUCUCUCAGAUCUUGAACUUCGAAAAUGACGACGAAUCCAUGGGGGAUCGGAACUUGGGCCGCCGACGCGGAGCAAGCGGAAGCCGAGGAGAAAGAAGCGGAGGCGGCGGCGGCGGCGGCUUUGGCAAAAGCCACGGCUACUGCCACGAUAGCGGAGUCUUCGUCUCAGAGCUUUCCGAGUCUCAGGGAAGCCGUGACCGCCAAGCCCAAGAAGAAGAAAAUGACCCUGUCGGAGUUCAGUCAAUUCACCCCCACGCCUACCGGGUCUCGCGGCGGCGGCGGCGGCGGAGCGGGGGAAUAUGCUCGGUUAACUCACGACGAGAUGCUUCGGCUGCCGACUGGGCCGAAAGAGCGCUCGGCGGAGGAAAUGCAGUAUGGGCACGGUAGGCUUGGGGGUGGGUUUAGAGAUUACGGGACCCGGUCUGUGUCGGGUCGGGGCAGGGACCGCGAUGAGGACGGGUCGUGGGGAGGCGGCGGCGGCGGUGGUGGUAAUCGUAGACAGUACGGUGGAUUUGACGAAGAGCGUAGAGGACCGCCUUCUAGGGUUUCGGAUUUUGAUCAACCUUCGAGGGCUGACGAAGUUGAUAACUGGGCAUCAACGAAGAAACCGCUUCCUUCGGUCGAUUCGGGUCGGCAGAACCGGUACGCGUCGCUCGGAGGGGGGUCUAGGGCUGACGAGGUUGAUAAUUGGGCAAAUACGAAAAAGCCCCUUGCUGUUGCUCCGCCUCCUGCUGCUUCUGCUUCUAGAUCCCCAUUCGGGUCAGGGUUUCGCGACUCGGGUCAAGAACCCGAUCGAUGGGCUAGAGGGGUAGGGUUUCCCGAGCGGGAACAACGGGAACGGCCGAGAUUGGUAUUGGAUCCUCCGAAAGGGGAUUCGGGUAGUUUGGACGGAGCUUCUCCGGUGAAAUCGAAUAAGCCGAGCCCGUUCGGGGCGGCGAGGCCGAGGGAAGAGGUGUUGGCUGAGAAGGGUUUGGAUUGGAAGAAGAUGGAGAAUGAAAUUGAGGCCAAGAAAGGGAGCACGCCCACGAGUGCACAUUCGAGCAGGCCUUCGAGUGCACAGUCUAACCGGUCUGAAGGUCAGGGAUUGCAGGCGUUUGAGAAUGUGGUGAAGCCGAGGCUGAAGGUGAACCCUUUUGGGGAUGCCAAGCCUAGGGAGGUCUUGCUCGAGGAGCGAGGCAAGGAUUGGCGAAAGAUUGAGUUUGAAUUGGAGCACCGCAGCGUUGACAGGCCUGAAACAGAGGAGGAAAAGAUAUUGAAAGAAGAAAUAGAUUGUUUAAAGAAGGAACUUGGAACAGAAUCUACCACAAAAGAAAACAGGGAAUCUAUGCAAGAGUCUGGUGGAGACCAGUCCAGUUUACCUGAUAAAAUAAGUCGCAAAGAGAAGGAAUUGGAAACACUGACUCGUGAAUUGGAUGACAAAACUCGCUUUGGGCAGAAAGCUGUUGAGAGGCCUGGGUCUGGAGCGGGCAGGCCUGGGUCUGGAGCUGGCAGGGUGACUGGUUUUGCUGAGAGGCCGCCUUCUCAAUCUGGAUCAUUUGAGGAAAUGAGAAGUACAGAGUUUAUGGAUAGGCCUCGAUCACGCGGUGCAGGGGAUAUGUGGUCAAGGCCUGCUGAUGAAAGAAGAUCAUUUGGAGGUGGCAGGGAUAGAGGAUUUCUAGGCAGCAGAGACUUUGGCAGGUCAACUUCAAGGGAAAGGUGGUGAAGAACAGUUUGCGUGGAUUCGUUGAAAUACCUUCACUUUUGACAGACGGAACCAAAAUAAUAUUUUCUCACUUUUUCUUGGUUUUCUUCAUUUUGCUCUGGGGAGUCGGAGCAAACAAUUCUUGAGUACUGGCACUGGCACUGGGAACUCAUGCUUUAAUCUGUUACAUUUUGAAACUAUGUAAAAUCGCAUUUUUUGGGUCUGUUUUAAAUCAACAUUGAGCCUGUAUUGUUCAUACGACUCAAUUUUUAUCGAACACUAUGGGACUCAGUAGUUUAUUUUUGUGACAGUCAUUUUGAGUGUUAUACAGUUAAUUGGUUAUUGUGCAGGAGGAUGUUGAUUAGUGUUAUACAGUUAGUUUUGUUCUA